AAUUCAUUUUAUAUGUGGGAAAUUCCGGUCGGAAAGUUGGAAAAUCGUACGGUUCUUUUCGAAUUUCCUUUUGCGAAGGACUUGUAACUGCCAAUUUUGUUUUCAUGAUUCCGUUUGUUUAGGAAUGUAAGGUGUCGGUGUGUUUUUUUUUGUCGAAUUAACGAAAUCGCUGGGACGUGAAUUUCUAGUUAUAACCAGUUAAAGUGGUUAAGUUACCUGCAUAACCAGUGAAAAGUGACUCAAUCAAGUAGUUCGUCGGCAUUGGAGACCGCGCCAUUUUGCAUCGGGCCACAUUUUUCACAUUUUUAGUCUUUCCGGAAAUUUGCAGAAAUGUCAGGCGAAGAAACUUCAGCAGAUCGCAACGUAGAAAUAUGGAAAAUCAAGAAACUUAUUAAAAGUCUGGAAUUGGCUAGAGGGAACGGCACCAGCAUGAUUUCGUUAAUUAUCCCACCCAAGGAUCAAAUCUCUCGGGUUAGCAAAAUGUUGGCCGAUGAAUUCGGCACAGCCUCCAACAUCAAGUCUAGAGUUAAUAGAUUGUCAGUACUAGGUGCAAUUACUUCAGUCCAGCAUCGCCUCAAAUUAUACACUAAAGUGCCGCCGAACGGGCUAGUGAUCUACUGUGGAACAAUCGUAACCGACGAAGGUAAAGAGAAGAAAGUAAACAUCGACUUUGAGCCAUUCAAACCUAUUAAUACCUCUCUGUACUUAUGCGACAAUAAGUUCCACACGGAAGCAUUAACGGCCUUACUGGCAGACGACAACAAAUUCGGAUUUAUCGUGAUGGACGGUAACGGAGCUCUAUUUGGUACGUUGCAAGGCAACACCCGAGAGGUACUCCACAAGUUCACGGUGGAUUUACCGAAGAAACACGGCAGAGGUGGGCAGUCCGCUUUACGUUUCGCUCGUUUGAGAAUGGAAAAAAGACACAACUAUGUUCGAAAAGUGGCCGAAGUUGCCACACAACUCUUCAUUACUAACGACAAACCGAAUAUUGCUGGACUGAUUCUGGCUGGUAGUGCUGAUUUUAAGACUGAACUUAGCCAAUCUGAUAUGUUUGAUCCUAGAUUACAAACAAAAGUAAUUAAACUCGUGGACGUAUCGUACGGUGGAGAGAACGGCUUCAAUCAAGCCAUCGAGUUGGCAGCUGAAUCACUGCAGAACGUCAAAUUCAUCCAAGAAAAGAAACUGAUUGGUCGUUACUUUGACGAAAUCAGCCAGGACACGGGAAAAUACUGCUUCGGUGUCGAGGACACACUCAGAGGUCUCGAAUUGGGAGCCGUCGAAACGCUGAUCUGUUGGGAAAAUCUCGAUAUUCAAAGAUACGUUUUAAAAAAUCAUACGACGGGAUCCGAAAACGUUCUCCAUUUAACGCCGGAACAAGAAAAAGAUAAAUCACAUUUCACGGACAAAGACAGUGGAGUUGAAUUGGAAUUGGUGGAGUGCCAACCAUUGCUUGAAUGGCUUGCAAACAACUAUAAGAAUUUUGGUGCUACCUUAGAAAUUAUUACAGACAAAUCACAGGAGGGGUCGCAGUUUGUUCGAGGGUUUGGUGGUAUUGGAGGAUUGUUAAGAUACAAAGUGGAUUUCCAGAGUUUGCAAUUAGAGGAUCUAGAAAAUGGAGAGGAAUUUGAUCUAGAUGAUUAUUAAUUCCUUGUAAGGACUAUUAAAACAGCAUUUUGUAGGAGUGGUGCCGUUUACAUAAUGUGCAGUGGCUGUAUUUUGCUCAUACAAACAAUGUGUUGUUAAGAAUUGAUAUAAAUAAUUUUUGCAUAUACAUACGUUUUUAGUAAAAAAAUAAUUAUUAUUUAAAAACAUGUUUAUAGUUUAUUUAUAUGAAUUUUUCAUGAUAAUAGGUAACGUUUUAAAAGAAAUUGUUCUCUAUUACUUCAAUUAAACGCAACUUUGUACUGUAUUGUACAGUAAAACGGAUUUGAAAAUGAAUUGAAAUAGUAACUUAUUUAUUUGCGUUAACUGAGAAGUAACUACUUUAGUGAAGUUAAUUGAAUUUUUCCCUGGGAACACUUGUAUGUUUGCAUGAUCUGUGUAUUGAAUUUUUAAACACUUUUUUUAUUUUAUCGAUCUAUCAUUGGAAUUGUUUAUGAUAUUAAAUAUAAAGGUUUUUUUUUUUUCAUUUUAUUUGUGAGCUUGUUCCUUUUUGUAGUUCCUCGACCUCCAUCUCAGUUACUGUAACUUUGAAAAAUCUACAUUCCCAUGAAUCUAUUAAAGGCAACUACUUCUAUGAAAGCUUCAUUCUUUUUAAAUUGAAUUACGUCUCUUGCAAUUUGUAGUAAAACAUUCAUGAUUGCGACAUGACGACCUUCAGUCUGCUUGUAUUCAAAUCAUAUCGCAAACAUGUACAUUUUUACGUAUGAAUUGUAUAAAACUACGAAAAUAAAUUUUUUACGUAAUAUCCACUUAUUGUACUUUUUUAAAAAUAAGGAUCCUGUGCAACGAUAAACUACAUAUCCAGAUUAGUCCCCUCGGGCUAACUGCAGAGGACCCUUAAUUUGGUCGUUGACCUAUCACCACAUUAAUGUACUUUAUUUACGUUUUGUUUGUAUAAUUUAUAGUCAAUAAAUAACAAAAUAUAACAA